AUGUCCAAGUCCAGCAAGUACCUCCUCGUCUCGCUCCCCACCUCCAUCACUCCCUCCCACCAUCGCGAUGACGCCCUCGACGCCAUAUCCACAACCGUUUCACCCGACAAUGGCUCCGUAGCACCCUUUCCGGUUCCCGAAUUCAAGAUCGGUACUCUCGAUGCUCUGGUGCAGCAGGCCGAUGAGCUGGCGAAACUCGAAGCUUCCUGCCAUGGUGUCGUGACCAAGGUCGGCGAAGCGUUGAAGAACGUCCUUGAGGGAGACGAAGACCAGAUCGAUAAGAUGAAGGUGGUCAAUGAUAAGCCUGUUGAUCAAUACCUUAGGACCUUCUCGUGGAACAAGGUCAAGUAUCGUGCUGAUAAGCCGCUGGCGGAGUUGAUUGAUCUUCUACAGAAGGAAGCCGCUAGUAUCGACAAUGACGUCCGGUCGAAGUAUUCGCAAUACAACCAGGUGAAGAACAACCUGGCGACACUGCAACGGAAACAGACAGGCAAUCUCUCCACCAAAUCCCUCGCAUCCGUCGUUGACCCCCGCACCCUCGUCCAUGAUUCCGAGUACAUCGAGACACAUCUUGUCGCCGUCCCCGCACAGCUGGUCAAAGAGUUCCUCAAGACAUACGAAACCGUGGCGCCGAUGGUUGUCCCCCGGUCCGCGACGCUUGUAGCAUCGGACGACGAGUUUACCCUCUACGCGGUCACAACGUUCAAGAAACACAGCCUGGAGUUCGUGCACCGGUGUCGCGAGCAGAAGUGGAUUCCGCGAGAUUUCAAGUACGUGGAGGGCGGCAAGGAAGAGGAACGGAAGGAAGUCGAGCGCGUGGGCGGGGACGAGCGCAAGUUGUGGGGGGAAACGCUGCGGCUGGGACGCACUGCGUGGAGCGAGGCAGUGAUGGUGUGGAUCCAUGUGCUUGUCUUACGGGUGUUUGUUGAGACCGUGCUGCGGUAUGGUCUGCCGCUGGACUUUGUCUGCACGAUCAUCAGGACACAAAACGCGAAACAGGCCGAUAAGGCGAAACGGAACCUGGACGAGAAGUACUCGUAUCUGGCCGGCAAUGCCUUUGGACGGGACAAGAAGGGUCGGGUCAAGCGAGACGACCCGCACGAGAUGCAGGCAGGUGGCGAGGGGGGAGGCGCAGAGUACACGGCGUAUGUGUACUACGAGUUUGAAUUCAAUUGA